UUUUCUGUUGCAGGGCACAAGAAGUUGAACAGCGAUGGGUCGGCUGGAACACUGCAGGCGCUCCUCAGCCCCUCUCUGUCCACUGAUCGUGGUCACUCUCGUUCUGACGACGACAGUUUCCUGUGCAACGGGCGGUGUUCGACCAUCCACGUCGUCAUCGCCGUCCAGCGCAUCGGGCUCCAAGAAGACCGAGAUCUGGCAAAUCGACUUGUUGCCCGACAACGGAGGCGGCCGGGGGGGCGGCCACGGGGGCGGCAACGGUGGAGGCUUCGGGCCCAUCGCACCCCCGCAACCACCUCCGGUCAUCCACCACCACCACCACCAAGCGAACGACAGGGGCGCAGUUGGUGGCGGCGUUCAUCAUGUGGGAAACAUGGGACUGCACGCGUUCUCAACGGCGGGCGGUGGUGGCGAGUCGUACGAGCAGCAGCAGAUACCGCUUCACGCCAUCGUGCACACCCCGAUGCAGGUCGACACGACGUCCAGGUGGCCGUCGAGCUCGGACUGCGCCAUGACCAACAGGGACAUGUCGGCGGCAGCGCCACUCGUCGCGCUGUUCGUGGGGCUGGCGCUGGCGCUACCCAUGCUGGGCCUGCUGUUCAUCGCCAAGAUGCACCUCUUGUCGGCGCUGACGGGGUCCUCGGGCACCCACACGGUCACCACCAGCGUGGGCGGCCGCAAGGAGGACGUACUGGAGCGUCGGCUGGCCGACGCCUGGCCCGCCUUUCGUGACGCCGUCAGCAAAUAUGUACUCGACGGCAGGUCCGUCGGAACGACCAAGAACAUGACAGCGCAUUCCAUAUAGAACCCGUUCUUGCUGUGUGUUUUUAUGAACCGAUGUAAUGUUGGAAAACGUCCAGAUGAGAGAGAGAUGAAAAUGUAUUAGAAAAAGGUUGACCCGAUGAAGUAACAGUUCUCUAGCCUGCUACACAGAUCAGAGGAAAGUAAAAUAGUUAGAAAAAAUGAGGAUAUAGAGUAAUAAUGAGGAUAAGCAGUAGGAUUUGAAUAUGCGUAUAUAUUCACAUCUGGAGGACCCAUUCACAGCCUGCGACUUAUGCCUGUAUUGCUAAAAAAUUUUAGGAGAGCCCUGGUGGCUCACUUCAUUAAUAUUAUGUCCGGCUAAUGGUCCA